GGGAACACAGACACAAGUGAGAGAUACCACUGCAGCACCUGACAGAGGACACUACUCUAGAGAAAACACAGGCAUCAGUUGUGAUCAGGCGGGACCAGCACCUCACUCCCAAUACUCAUGGCAACGAAGGUGCAACUCCAAGUGAAUGAUAGACAAGGAAAGUUGUCGGCAGCCAGGGAGCAUGUGCAUGCAGUGACAAGAGACUACAUCUGUCAGCCCAGACUCACUUACAGAACCAUCUCAGCUGUGAACGGUCCACUGGUGGUUCUCGAUAAUGUUAAGUUCCCGAAAUACGCGGAGAUUGUGAACUUCACCCUGCCGGAUCGCAGUGAGCGCAGUGGCCAGGUGUUGGAGGUGGUCGGAUCCAAGGCAGUGGUUCAGGUAUUUGAAGGAACGUCAGGCAUCGACGCCAAACUGACAGCCUGUGAAUUCACCGGAGACAUCCUGCGUGCCCCAGUGUCGGAGGAUAUGCUGGGUCGGGUGUUUAAUGGAUCGGGAAAGCCGAUCGAUAAGGGACCUGCUGUAGUGGCAGAGGACUUCCUCGAUAUAAAUGGCCAACCGAUAAACCCACAGUCUCGGAUUUACCCUGAAGAAAUGAUUCAGACUGGGAUAUCGCCGAUUGAUGUGAUGAACAGUAUCGCCCGAGGUCAGAAGAUUCCCAUUUUCUCAGCAGCCGGACUCCCGCACAAUGAGAUUGCUGCUCAGAUCUGCAGGCAGGCCGGCCUGGUCAAGAAAGCCAAGCAUGUGGUGGAUUACAGUGAGGACAACUUUGCCAUUGUCUUUGCAGCGAUGGGGGUGAACAUGGAGACGGCUCGGUUCUUUAAGUCGGAUUUUGAAGAGAAUGGCACCAUGGAUAAUGUCUGUCUGUUCCUCAAUCUCGCCAAUGACCCAACGAUUGAACGGAUUAUUACUCCCCGCUUGGCCCUGACUGCGGCUGAGUUCCUGGCCUAUCAGUGUGAGAAGCAUGUGCUGGUCAUCCUGACGGAUAUGAGCUCAUACGCAGAGGCUCUGCGGGAGGUGUCUGCAGCCCGUGAGGAGGUUCCUGGGAGACGGGGAUUCCCUGGUUACAUGUACACCGACUUGGCGACGAUCUACGAGAGGGCGGGCCGUGUGGAGGGGAGGAAUGGCUCGAUCACCCAAAUCCCCAUCCUCACCAUGCCGAAUGACGAUAUCACUCACCCAAUCCCAGAUCUAACAGGAUUCAUCACUGAAGGUCAGAUCUACGUGGACAGGCAGUUACACAACAGGCAGAUCUACCCACCAAUCAAUGUGCUCCCCUCGCUUUCCCGCUUAAUGAAAUCAGCUAUAGGGGAGGGGAUGACUCGCAAAGACCACGCCGACGUGUCCAAUCAGCUGUAUGCCUGCUAUGCCAUUGGAAAGGACGUCCAAGCUAUGAAGGCCGUGGUGGGUGAAGAGGCUUUGACCUCUGAUGACCUCCUGUACCUGGAAUUUCUGCAGAAGUUUGAGAAGAAUUUCAUUGCCCAAGGACCUUAUGAGAACCGGUCAAUCUUCGACUCCCUGGACAUCGGGUGGCAGCUGCUACGGAUUUUCCCGAAGGAGAUGCUGAAGAGGAUUCCGGGGAAUAUUGUGUCUGAGUUCUAUCCGCGGGAGUCCCGGGAGAACAAGGAGGAGAGCAGUACCCACCUGUGAGGAACUCCCACCCCACCCUCUACCUCUCCCUCGCUGACCAUUUGCCCCCUUCUUCAAGGCCAGGAAACACCCUCUGUCUGCUCCCCUCACUCCCUCCACACCGCGUCCCCUCACUCCCCCUCCCUCACUCCCCCCACACUCCCUCCCCUCACUCCCCCCACUCCCCCUCCCUCACUCCCCCCACACCCCCUCCCCUCACUCCCCCUCCCCUCACUCCCCCCAAUCCCGCUCCCCUCACUUCCCCAACUCCCCUUCCCCUCACUCACCCACUCCCCCUCCCCUCACUCCCCUUCCCCUCGCUCCCCCCACUCCCCUUCCCCUCACUCACCCACUCCCCUUCCCCUCACUCCCCCCACUCCCCUUCCCCUCACUCCCCCCACUCCCCUCCCCCUCACUCCUCCCACUCCCCUUCCCCUCACUCCCCCCACUCCCCUUCCCCUCACUCCCCCCACUCCCCUUCCCCUCACUCACCCCACACCCCCUCCCCUCACUACCCCACACCCCCUCCCCUCACUCCCCUUCCCCUCACUCCCUGAUCCCCUCACUCACCCACUCCCCCUCCCCUCACUCCCCCCACUCCCCUUCCCCUCACUCCCUGAUCCCCUCACUCACCCACUCCCCCUCCCCUCACUCCCCCCACUCCCCUUCCCCUCACUCACCCACUCCCCCUCCCCUCACUCCCCCCCACUCCCCUUCCCCUCACUCCCCCCACUCCCCUCCCCCUCACUCACCCACUCCCCCUCCCCUCACUCCCCCCACUCCCCUUCCCCUCACUCCCCCCACUCCCCUUCCCCUCACUCCCCCCACACCCCCUCCCCUCACUACCCCACACCCCCUCCCCUCACUCCCCUUCCCCUCACUCCCUGAUCCCCUCACUCACCCACUCCGGCUCCCCUCACUCACCCAUUCCCCCUCCCCUCACUCCCCCACUCCCUGCUCCCCUCACUCUUUCUGUUCCCCGCACUCCCUGCUUCCUUCACUCACCCAUUCCCCCUCCCCCCACUCACCCACUCCCCCCUCACUCCGUCCUCAAUCCCCCUCCCCUCCCUCACUCCGCCCUCACUGCCUCACUCCGUUUCCCUCACUCCCCCACUCCGUCCCUCUCACUCCACUCGCACUCCAUCACUCCCUCUCCCCCACCCCUCACUCCCUCCCCCACCCCCCCACUCCACCUCCCCUCACACCCUCCCCCUCACCUGGCCCUCACUCCCCCACCCCACUCUCUCCCCUCCCCCACUCCCCCCAUUUGCCCUCCCUUACUCCUGCUCACUUUGCCAGGACAAUCCCACUUACUCCCCCUCCUCCCCCCCGACAUCCCCCCUCUCACCCACUCCCCCCACCCCACUCCCCUCACCUCUGCUCCUAUCACACUCCCGCCCCUCACUCUCUCCUCCCCCUUUUCUACGGCCUCAGUUCCCCCCAUUCCUCUCCUCUUGCCCCCACCUCACCCCACUUGCCCUCUCUCCCCACUCCUAACUCCUUCCCUUAGUCCCCCUUUCUCUCCCCACCACCCCUCACCACACCGCCCCUCCUUCCACUCCCCUCACCCACCUCUCCUCGCUCCCUGUCCCCUCACUGCUCCCUCACACUCCCUCUCCCCUCACUCUCCUCCUCUCGCUGCCUUCCCCUCACACCACUCACUCCCCACACUCUCCCCUCCAUCACUUCCCCACCUCAACCCCUCAAACAUUUUGCUGUGCCCUCCUUCACUGCUGACUCCCUCACAUUCCCUGCCCCCUCCCAUGAUCCUCUGUCCCCUUGUCUCUACCUCCAUCACCCACUCUUCCCACAAUUCCCUGUGCUGACACAACAUGGAACAAUGUUUUGUUCAAACUCAAUCUUUAAAUAAACAAUCUAUCACGUUA